AUGUUGUCGAGAGUGAAUCUUCUACGUGGAACGAGUCUGCCCGUUUGCAAACUCACGCGCACCGUUUUUACGCAAGCAAGAAUACUUCAAGACGGCAAGAUUCCAGCAGCAGCAGCAGCUCCGGAGGGCGUUCAAGAGCAGGCCGCCAGCUCUAUAGAUAACGGCGCAUUCUCCAACUCCAGUUCCAAAAUCACAAGACCGAGAAACAACUUCAGAAAUAGCAAAGAGGCGCUGCCCACACGCGACCAACUUAAAAGCAAAACCUCCUGGGGCAAGGGCUCAAAUGGCAGUUUGCCGCAGAAAUCGGCACAGGCAACCAUAAGUGAGCAGUUGUCCGAGAUCACUGAAAUGCAGAGCGAAGAACCAAUAUAUGUUGCUCAGAGCUUGGAAAGAAAAUUCAUGGAUGGGGACGCAUAUAACCCAUUUGACUUCAGCUUAAACAGAAUCCGAAUGGAAAGAAAACAACGCCAAAAGCGGUUCCAAAGCCCCGAGGAUCCGUUCGAAAAGAGCGGCAUAAACCCAGAGACCUUAUACUUGAUGCCGGAGAUCUUAUCCAAUUUCUUGACCUCAACCGGCCAGAUCAUGCCCAGACUGCAAACCGGUUGCUCGGCCACCAAUCAGCGAAGACUCACUGCUGCCAUUAGAACUGCAAGAAACUUGGGUUUAUUGGCUUCUGUUCAUAGACAUUACAGGUACAUGCCACAAAGGAAUAUAUAG